AUGCAUUUGACCAACGCUGCCUUUCUCUUGGCUUUCGCUGAUGUUCUCGCAGCGAUUGCUCAUGCCAAAACUGUUCCUGCACAGUUUGACGUUAAACACUUCAGGUCCAGCGACAUUAUUUGGCGAGAUGUAUGCAUCAUCGGCGGCGGAUCCGCAGGCACCUAUUCAGCCAUCAGCCUGAAGGACAAAGGCAAAUCUGUCAUCGUCAUUGAGAAAAAAGACAGGUUGGGUGGCCACACUGAGACACAUAUUGAUCCCGCGACCGGCACUCCUAUUGAUCUGGGAGUCAUGAUUUGGCACAACAUCUCUGUUGUAAACGACUACUUCCGGCGUUUUGACCUCCCUCUCGCUAAAGCCGAAUCUUUUUUCGCUUCGUCCGAAUUUUACGACUUUCGUACCGGCAAGGAAGUCGCAAGAUCGUCUACCCCGACAGAUGCAGAAAUCUCCGUUGCCUUUGCGAAGUAUACGGAACAGCGUUCCAAAUACCCCAAGUUGAAUGAUGGAAUAUUCUUGCCAAGCCCGGUGCCGGAGGACUUUUAUCUAUCGUUCGGAGACUUUGUUAGAAAGUACGGUAUUCAGGCAACUGUUACGAAUAUGUUCAACUAUAACCCGGGUGUCGGGAACAUCUUGGCAAAUCCAACUAUUGAACAGUACCGCUACUGGGGAUACAACAUGGUGCAAUCCUUGUCCACCGGCUUUCUAACUACGGCCCACCACAACAGCAGCGAGCUGUAUAGCAAAGCUGAAACAGAGCUGGCUUCAUCUUCUAGUCUUCUUCUGAACUCGCAGGUAUCAGCCGCACAUCGAGGAGGAGGCGAGAUAGGUGUGUUGCUCGUGGUUUCUACGCCCACAGGCAACAAGCUCGUCAUCGCAAAGAAGCUCCUUGUGGCCGUACCACCGAAGCUGGAUUUCAUAGGGCCACUGGACCUUGACCAGAGGGAGAAAGAUCUGUUUGGCAAGUUUAUCAGUGCUGGAUAUUACGUCGGCAUCAUCAAGAACACCGGGUUUCUCAACAACGCGAGCAUCACCAAUGCGAUCCAGGACGCAGAAUACAAUUUGCCACAUCUGCCGGGAGCGUACAGCUUCGCGCCAGCUUCGCUUCCCGGAUACCAAAUGGUCACUUACGGAACUCCGCAAAGUCGCAAAUCCCUCCCGCUGUCUGAUCAGCAAAUCAAGACUGACAUCAUCAACACGGUCAAGCGGUUGCAGCAGCAGAAUCCGGACAAGUUCAAGCAUGAAGAAGAACCCGAAUUUAUUGAUUUUAGAUCUCAUGCUCCAUAUGGUCUUCAGGUUAGCGCCAAAGAUAUCAAGGAUGAGUUCUACAAGAAACUAUACGCACUUCAAGGUUCUAGAAAUACAUACUGGACAGGAGCAGCAUGGAGAGCAGAGGAUAGCAGCUUACUUUGGAAAUUUUCAGAGGAUAUAGUGCUACCAGCAUUGAUCGCGGGUUUGUAA